GUCGUUGAAACUAGAAAGAGCGAGCAGAGGUAAAGAGAGACAAAUAUGGAGCUUCUGCGCUGAUCUUUAUUGGGUCUGUAUCGAGAAAAACGACGCAAAGGAACCAACCAUAAAAGAUCAGAGGCUUUCUUUGUCUUGUUCAUCAACUCUUUGUUGGUUUUUUGUGAGGUAUUGUGUUUGUGUAUCUAUAUGGUUUUUGUUUUCCAAGUUUUCAAGUCUCAAAUCUAUUAAACCGCCCUCUUUCCUGUACAUCUUCAUCAUCAUCGCUAUAAUCAAAAAGUUGAGUAUAUAUUUGAAGAGAGAGAUAGCAAAGCAAAGAAAGGCAAAUUGCUGGACUUACAGAGAUUGUGGCAAUGGUUUUGGGAUGGCGAAGAGCGUUUUGUACAUCGAUCCCACGGCCACGAGAUCGAGAGCCCAAGGAGGUGAAAGAGAAGCAAGAACACAGCAACACAAGUACUCCAAAGCUCAGCUCCAAAUUCGGGUUUUUCUCGAAUCCAUCAACGCCUCGAAUUCAAUCUCAGCCCGUUUCAACCCCUAGCCUCCGGUGUCGAACCACCACAACUACAACAGCACCACCAACGGCCACCGUUCCAUCACCGUCAGUCCCUGAAAGUCCAAGGCUCCAAUGCAAGACCACAAAAAGCCCAAGAUUGUUCCACCGGUCCAAUCCAUCCUCUCCUCGCUCUCCUUCCACUUUCUCUCUCCUCAAAUCCACUCUGCGUCUCUCCAAAAGUAGAUGUGGAAUAUGUUUACAGAACCUGAAGACGGGCCAGGGAACGGCCAUAUUGACGGCGGAGUGCUCUCAUAGCUUCCACUUCCGGUGCAUCGCCACACACGUGACCAAGGAAAGCAAUCUCACGUGCCCUGUCUGCAGCUCUACCUGGAAAGAAAUGCCUCUACUCUCCAUUAAUCACAACAACCAGAACCAAAAACCAGAGGAGGUAGUUGAAGAAGAGAAGAGAGAACUGACAGCUACAGUAAAUAUCAAAACAAAGAAUGAGAGCAAGCUGUCUUUAAGGACUGCCUUGAAAGUCUACAACGAUGAUGAGCCUUUGAUGUUACCGGUUACCGGAGCUGGAUUCAAUCCGAUUCCAGAGUCUGAUGAAAAUGAAGACCAAGAAAAUAAUGAGGAAUUUCAAGGAUUUUUCGUUAACGCCAAUGAUAGUCCAAUUGCUGAUUCAAUUAUGAACUACAGAAAUGUGGAGGUUAGAUUGCUGCCAGAGGCGGCGGUGGUGUCGGUAGGUCGGAGAAGCGAGACAUAUGCUUUAGUUUUGAAAGUGAGAGCUCCGGCGCAACUGUCUGAAACCUCACGGAGAGCUCCGAUCGAUUUGGUGACGGUGAUUGACGUCAGCGGAAGCUUGAACACGGAGAAAAUACAGAUGAUGAAACGCGCAAUGAGACUCGUAGUUUCGUCUCUGACUUCAUCUGAUCGCCUCUCCAUUGUUGCAUUCUCUGCGAGCUCGAAGAGGUUGUUGCCGUUGAGAAGAAUGACCAGCACUGGUCGGAGAUCGGCCCGUCGGAUUGUGGACGCGAUCGUUGCGUUGGAUGGAACAACGGCGAGUGCGAAUGACGCUCUAAAAAAGGCCGCCAAGGUGCUCGAAGAUCGACGGGAGAGAAACCCCUUGGCCAGGAUCAUACUCCUAUCGGACGGUCACGCUGAGAGAUCCUCCACCACUCAGCCGCGUGGAUCGUAUCUUGUUUCCACCACGAGCAUUACUCACUUGGAGAUUCCCGUUCAUUCUAUCAGCUUCAACCAAUUCAGCGCGUGCCAGCACUCGCAAUCUGAAGACGGCUUUGCCAAAAGUGUCGGAGGUCUGUUAAACGUCAUCGUUCAAGACCUUCGGAUUCAGCUAGGGUUUGUCUCCGGUUCAGCUCCGGCUGAGAUUUCAGGGGUUUACUCAUACACGGGUGAACCGGUUUUACUCGGAUCAAGUUCAAUCCGGGUAGGUGAUUUCUACGCCGGAGAAGAAAGAGAACUGUUGAUCGAACUGAAAGUUCCGUCAUCGGCAAUUGGGGCCCAUUAUUUACUGGCCGUCCGAUGCUCUUACAAAGACCCGUCAACUCAGGAACUAUUUUACGGUAAAGAACAACCCCUCUUGGUCCCACGACCACACGCCGUUAGAUCAUCGACCCCAAGCAUCGAACGGCUGAGAUACUCUUUCUUUUCGACACGCGCCAUAGCCGAAUCCCGGAGAUUAGUAGAGCGUGGGGACUUAAGCGGCGCGCGUCACUUGUUGGCUUCGGCUAAGGCUUUGUUGUUUCAGUCAACUUCGGCUUUGGCUGUUGAGUUCGUCCGCGGCUUGGAUGCUGAGCUGUCAGAUAUUCAUUGGAGAAAACAAAAUCACAUUGAGCAGAUCCAACGGCAGAGGACAAAUGAUGACAGGCAAAGAGAAAUUAAUUACGUGGAUGAGAAGAGUGAAGCGCUUACGCCGACAUCGGCGUGGAGAGCUGCGGAGAGGCUGGCUAAAGUGGCGAUUAUGAGGAAGUCGAUGAAUAGAGUCAGCGACUUACACGGCUUUGAGAACGCCAGAUUUUGA